AUGAUUACUGAUUUAUUCAUAAUAAAACAUAACGAACCAAAGUCGAUUAUAAUUCUUCGACGUUGUGUUAUCAUAAUAUUUGUAGGGUUAUUAAUUGCUGUAUUUAUAGUAUUAUGUAUUGGAGUUCAUGACGAAUUGCCGAGCGUUAAUGUAACUUAUAAAGUAGUUGAUAGUCUGCCCAUACCGGACAUAUUUUUCUCUUACAAUUAUAAUUUUACGAUUAACUGUGCUAUUUCCAAUUUCACAGGGAAUUAUAAUUGUAACAAUUAUAUUAAUAAAACUAUAUAUGAUACUUCCCAAUCUAAAUAUUCUACUGCCCUUUCAGCAAAUUACUAUGUAACUUCUAAUACUAGAUGCACCCUUUCGAUAAAUAUUACGGAUCCUAGAUAUAAUAUUUCCAAUCAAAAUGAUUACAUGGAGAUGUAUGCAUACGAUAAAGAAUAUUAUUUAAAUCCAAUAAUUACGGGUUCCCAAACUCAAUUUGUUGAAUCACUUCUUCUGAAGAACAUGUAUUUUUUUGGGCAACCUAAAAAUGACAUAGCUAAUUAUGAAUGGGUAUUCGAUAGACACAUUAGACACUCUUUGGUUCAAGAUGUUUUAAGUUUCUUUGGUAGACAAAAAUAUAUUACAAUACCUUACCUUGAAUCACAUAUGGCGACUGCUACGACCGCGAAUUCAGAUCUUCGGACAAACAAUACUUAUUAUGCUGUCUUACGAUUUAUUAUGUCUCCUCCUUUUAUUGUGACAGACGAAACUGAGGAAAGGAGCAAAACCAUUUUGAACAUACUAGGCGUUAUUGGUGGCAUUUGGAGUGGUGUUGUAGCUCUUUAUAUAUUUUUAUUUGGACCUGGUUUAAUCUCGCCAUGGGGUUUUGUACAAAAGUCGAGAUUAUUCAAAAAUCAAUACGAAAAAAACAUUUUGCCAUUUGUUUGUGAACCCGAUACCACUGAAGGUUUUAAUAACUCAAUGCAGAAACGACUUAAUAAUUUAGAAAAAAGA